AUGAAAAAGAUUAUCAUUUUAUUAUCCCUUUGUAUUGCUUUGACUUCAGCUUCUACAUAGCUUUAGAAUUUUAUCAAUAAAUUCUUUGGAAUUGAGGUUGAAGGUAAAAUAGAAACAGUCUUAGCCUCUUGCUUUACUGAUAAAAUUGGAUAUCGCGAUAACGACCUUUAUGCUGGAAUCUAUUAUGCUGAGUUAUCAAAAGAUUAUAAAGUUAAGGAUUUCAGUGCUCUUGGAAAUUUAGCUUAUAAGUACAAGCUUAAGAUUACCUAUAAUGGAAAGUCCAUUAUUGCAGAAAAAGGUGAUGUUGGAGCUGGAGGUCCUUCCCAUCCUAAACUUGAUAUCCAUAUCAAGGCUCUUCAAGCGUUAGGAGUCACCAACUGCAAUAAUUUUCUCACUAACGUUCAAAUCGAGUACCUUGGUUGAGAUGACAUCAUUUAUAAAUAUAUAUAACAUUUAAGAAAACAUUAUACAUAUCUAUUUAAUUAAA